UGUUCGACAAUGUAGCUAGCUAGCAGCGUAUCGCAACAGAAACAGCGCAGCAUGUGAGAGUUUCUUAAUGUUAAACGAGGAGAUAUUGACUCCAAAACAAUGGCGGCCUUGUUGCUUAUCCCGUGUAAGAUAAACGAUGCUUUGUAGUUCUACGUGGGCCUUCUGGUUUAGCUAAUGUUUCUCGACUUGACGUUUGGUUCAACUUAUCGUCAGCAGGGAUGGCGGGGGUGAGAUGUGGAGAUGACGUCUCAGAGUACCUGAGCCAGAAUCCGCAGCUGGCCCAGUGGACCGAGUCAUUCCGGGGCUACUGUGAGAGCAACAAGCAGUGGUCUGCUCGGAGGGAGUUCAUUCUGAGGAACAUGGAGGCUUUCCCCACGGUGAAGCCGGGGACCUGCAGCAGCAGUUUGGACAGACUGCUGUCUCUGUCCAUGGUCUGGGCCAACCACGUCUUCCUUGGCUGCAGUUACCCGCAGGCCGUCAUGGACAAGAUCAAGGAUAUGGGCGAGGGGAUCGUCGUCCAGGACCCGCCGGUCCACAAAACGACGAAAGACGGAAUCACAGCCAGAGGAAAGCGCAGCGCCCCAGACGACGGCAACCCUGAAGGUUGUGUGAAACGAUCCAGAACCGAGGCCGACGGCCGGCCGGCCGGGAGAGCGGCAGCGCGGUCUGCCAUCCAGAAGUCCGGGCCGCCACCUCAGGCUCCGGCAGAGCAGCAGCCCUUCUUCAACCGCCUCUACAAGGCCGUGGCGUGGAAGCUGGUGUCGGCCGGCGGCUUCGGCCCCAACCUGGACCACUUCGAGAUCCUGCGCAGCUGCGUGGAGUCGUGCAAACAGACGGUGACGUGCGUGUUCGUGCCGCUGAAGGACAUCGAGGGCCUCCCGGCGGGACGCACGCAGAAGGAUGGCCACGUGUGCGAAAUCCGCUGCCAGACCGUCUACAUGGGCACGGGCUACGGGCGCGACGAAGCCGCCGCCAAGGCCAUGGCUUCCAAAGAGGCACUGAAGGUGUUCCAGGGCCGGAAAGUGACGGUAAAGAUCUGCAGGCGGCGCUACAGAGGCAGGGAGGUGGAGGACCUGGUGCUGCUGGACGAGCUGCCGCGGACUCAGGGCUUCCCUCCGGCGCUCAGCUACCCGUUCCAGGACGAGCCGCAAGACGAAGGUCCAGACUGUUAGCCAAACCCGAUGCAUCUUAAAACAAAAGGAAAGCGUUAAAUUUACAAAAAAAAAAAAAAAGGCUUCUUGACUGAUUACAACCAGUAACGAGCGGCCAUGUUGUUGGUUUUGUUGCUGCUGAUUUGUAGUUGAACCUUCAGUUGAAAUAAAACUGUCACUUUUACUUUA